CCCUACGGUCGACCUAACUUCAUCUUGGGGUGUCUGGGACCCCCUAAAUCAUGACCCCUAGAAAAAAACGCAUGUCCAGUCUUUUAUAUCUGUAGUCAUUGCUGUGGCGCGAGAAACAUGUGUGGUCGAACUGCUUGUUCCCUGAAUCCAGACACUUUGAGUCGUGCAUGCGGCUAUAAAGACGCAACUGGCAAACAGCCCAUAACCUCCUGGGCCAAGAACGACGUUCAGUAUACUCCUUCCUGUAACAUCGGUCCAAAAGAUGUUCUUCCGUGUCUCGUAGCAGGCUCGCAUGUCAAUCUGGAAGACGAAAGAGCCCUAUGCGCUAUGUUUUGGAGUAUGAUUCCGCCUUGGCACGAGGGCGACUAUAGGAAGUUUAAUUUAUCAACGCAUAACGCGCGGCUGGAGAACAUCAAAACUUCUACAUUGUAUGGCCCACCUCUUCGCAACGGACAAAGAUGUGUUGUAGUAUGCGAAGGAUACUAUGAAUGGAAGGCUGGAAAGACAAAGAAAGAUCCUAAGCAACCGUAUUACAUUUAUGCUACUCAGAAGGAAGGUGUGAGGGCAGAUGAUCCCACAACAUGGAAAGAUGAAUGGUCAGAAGAGUUGGGUUGGCAGGGAUUUAAAAUGCUCAAAAUGGCAGGGCUAUUCAGUGUAUUUAAAACUGGAGAUGGUAAAACAAUACACAGUUGUACAGUAAUUACAACAAAUUCAAACGAUGUUAUGUCUGGGCUACACGGUCGUGUGCCUGUGUUUCUAACCACAGAAGAAGAUAUACAGACUUGGCUCAAUGAAGAUUUAUCAGCAGUUGAAGCUGUUGACAAAUUAAACAAAUUAACGUUAUCGCCCGGCGAUUUAACUUGGCAUACAGUCUCCACUCUUGUAAACAAUGUAUUAUGUAAAAGUGACAAUUGCAGAAGAGAGACAAAGCCUUUAGAAGAGAAAAAAACCAACCCUUCUGGUUUUAUGGCUUCCUGGCUGCAAAAGGGGUCUACAGAAUCAGACAAGAGAAAAAGUACCGAAACUGAAGAAACUGACCAAGUUCCUUCAAAAAGUACAAAGAAAACUUGAUUUUCUUUACUGAAACGUUAAACUCAAUGUUAAGGGAAUUUUUUUACUACAAAAGUACAUACAACUAUACGAUAUAUACAUUCCAGACAUUAAUUUCCAAAUAAUUGUAUUUAUUUAUUUAAGUUACGAGGUUUUUAUAUUUUUGUAUUACAUCUUUAUGUCGCAUAUAUAAGUGAUAAUAUUGAAUUUUACUAGAUCUCCAUAUUAUAGACAUAAAAAAUACUAUAAGCAACACAAGUUGCAUAUUCUGUUAACAGUUUUGAGUUAUCUAUCAGUAAUCGUAAAAAGGAAUAAAAUAAUUUCACUGUACCCUUUUUAAACUUAAAAUAAGCUUCUUCAUAAUGAAUACUACUCGACAAGUAGUAAGUCUAAUUAUAGUGGAGUAAUAUGGUGAUGACAUUUGUUUUGAUUCAUGGACAUAGUAGUAAGAAUAAUAAAUUCUAUGUAUAUUA